AUUCUGGGAACUUCGCUGGGUUCCGGGCUUUGUUUCCGGCUGCAGAGCUGCGUUUGGUUUCCCUAGCGUCCGCGGUCUGGGUUCCGGCUUCCCCUCAGAGGCGGCUCAGCGUCUAGCUCGGUUUUCGGCUCGCGCGGGGGUCCCCCCCAUAGCUCGCCGACGCCACCAGCAUGUCGGGGGUGCGCGCGGUUCGGAUCAGCAUCGAAUCGGCCUGCGAGAAGCAGGUCCAAGAGGUGGGCCUGGAUGGCACCGAGACUUACCUGCAGCCGCUGUCCAUGUCGCAGAAUCUGGCGCGGCUGGCCCAGCGCAUCGACUUCAGCCAGGGUUCGGGCUCCGAGGAGGAGGAGGCGGCGGGGGCGGAGGGCGACGCGCAGGACUGGGCUGGCGCCGGGUCCAGCGCGGACCAGGACGACGAGGAAGGGUUGGUAAAAUUUCAGCCUUCCCUUUGGCCUUGGGACUCAGUGAGGAACAAUUUGAGAAGUGCCUUGACAGAGAUGUGUGUUCUCUAUGAUGUUCUCAGUAUUGUUAGGGAUAAAAAAUUUAUGACUCUUGAUCCCGUCUCUCAGGAUGCACUUGCUGCAAAACAGACACUGCAGUUGAUUUCCAAGAAGAAGUCACUUGCAGGAGCAGCGCAGAUUCUAUUGAAGGGGGCGGAAAGACUGACCAAAUCAGUUACUGAAAACCAGGAAAACAAGCUGCAGAGAGACUUCAACUCUGAACUUUUGAGACUAAGGCAACACUGGAAACUCAGAAAGGUUGGAGAUAAAAUUCUUGGAGAUCUGAGCUACAGAAGUGCAGGGUCUCUCUUUCCCCAUCAUGGUACAUUUGAAGUAAUAAAGAACACAGAUAUUGAUCUGGAUAAGAAGAUACCUGAAGAUUAUUGUCCCCUCGAUGUCCAAAUUCCUAGUGAUUUAGAAGGAUCUGCAUAUAUCAAGGUUUCAAUUCAAAAGCAGGCUCCAGACAUAGGUGACCUUGGUACAGUUAACCUCUUCAAACGACCUUUGCCCAAAUCCAAACCAGGUUCCCCACAUUGGCAGACAAAAUUAGAAGCAGCACAAAAUGUUCUCUUGUGUAAAGAAAUUUUUGCACAGCUUUCUCGGGAAGCUGUUCAAAUUAAGUCACAGAUCCCCCACAUUGUGGUAAAAAACCAGAUUAUCUCUCAGCCUUUUCCAAGCUUGCAGUUAUCCAUUUCUUUGUGCCAUUCCUCAAAUGAUAAGAAAUCUCAAAAGUCUGCCUCUGAGAAGCAAAGUCCAGAAGAUCACCUUUAUGUGUUAGAGCAUAAUUUGCAUCUACUAAUUAGAGAGUUUCAUAAACAGACCUUGAGUUCCAUCAUGAUGCCUCAUCCAGCAAGUGCACCCUUCGGCCACAAGAGAAUGAGACUUUCAGGUCCCCAGGCUUUUGAUAAAAAUGAAAUUAAUUCUUUACAAUCCAGUGAAGGCCUUCUGGAGAAAAUAAUUAAACAAGCAAAGCAUAUUUUCCUGAGGAGUAGAACUGCUGCAACCAUUGACAGCUUAGCAAGUCGCAUUGAGGAUCCUCAGAUCCAGGCUCACUGGUCAAAUAUCAAUGAUGUUUAUGAAUCCAGUGUGAAAGUUUUAAUUACAUCACAAGGAUAUGAACAAAUAUGCAAGUCUAUUCAGCUGCAGUUGAAUAUUGGAGUUGAACAGAUCCGAGUUGUGCACAGAGAUGGAAGAGUAAUUACACUAUCUCAUCAGGAGCAGGAACUACAGGAUUUUCUUCUGUCUCAGAUGUCACAGCAUCAGGUGCAUGCAGUUCAACAGCUAGCCAAGGUUAUGGGCUGGCAGGUACUCAGCUUCAGUAAUCAUGUGGGACUUGGGCCCAUUGAGAGCAUUGGCAAUGCCUCGGCCAUAACGGUGGCCUCUCCGAGUGGUGACUAUGCUAUUUCAGUUCGUAAUGGGCCUGAAAGUGGCAGCAAGAUCAUGGUUCAGUUUCCCCGUAACCAGUGUAAAGAUCUUCCAAAAAGUGAUGUUUUACAGGAUAACAAAUGGAAUCAUCUUCGUGGACCAUUCAAAGAAGUCCAGUGGAAUAAAAUGGAAGGUCGAAACUUUGUCUAUAAAAUGGAGCUGCUUAUGUCUGCACUUAGCCCUUGUCUACUAUGAUUUUUUCCAGAAAAGUUUCCAGGAACUUCGGCUUGAUAUUUCAGGUCAUCUAUAAGCACAAGGAAGAGAAAUAUUCCAAAGGAGUAUUGUUUUUUAAACAUAGAAGAUUUUUACUUAGCAUUUUGAACCCUUUCACUUUAUAAGUGACAAGUGCUUUGAAAUGCAGAAGUUUCUGUACAGUUGUAGGGUGUAUAGCAUGGGGAGAUGUAAAAUAAUACAUUUUUAUGUGGUUAACUUGAAAAUAUUAUUAACUUAAAGAUUUGACUUUACUUUUAAAAUAUUCCUUCUUUGAUGUUAACAUCCAAUAAAGUACGUGGUUAAAAAUCUCCA